GCGCUCCACGCCGCGUCUUACAGAUCUUCUGAAUUUACAAAUUCUGAAUGUUGCAAGUUUGUCGAAGUUACUGCAAGUUUUAAAGCUUUCCGAGUUCCGAGAUAUGACCGUUUGAUCUGACCAGUGUUGUGCUUGGUGUAUACUGAAAAAAACACCACAAUGCCUAUUGGUAACGUGAGCAGGGACACAGCUCCCAAACGGGACAACUACCGACCUCCGUGGGUUAAGAGCAAAGAAGCCGAAGCAGCACCAGUAUGGACACAGAGGAAACUAAAGCCCGUGGAGUCUACAAAGACGGCGGCGGCGGUAGAAGAGGUCGCUCCGGCGCCAGUUGUCAAAACACUAAAACCUACCUUGAAGAAACAAUCCACCGUCAGAGACAAAGCAGAAAACGGUGUAUCGGAAACCGUUGAAGAAAAUCUCGUAAAGCCUUCAGCAGCGAAGCUUGCAGAUAAGUCUAAAAUAGGCGAAGAACGAACGUCCAAGUUUGCAAAAUCAGCUUUAAAAUCUAUAGACAAGAUUCCAAAGUUAGAAGACAAGCUAGGUCUUAACGACAAAAAGGAUACAACACCAACAAACAGCACGAAUAAUAAAAAUAACGAAAAAGUGCCAGAAAAACCAACACUAAAAAGUGUAAGGACAAUCGAUGCUGACAAAGGAAAAGAAAAAUCUGUUACAAUAGUUGAUAAAAGAGGCGCUGAGAAGAACGGAACAACGCCAACUAGUAAAGUUGUUAAUGACAAACCAUUAAAUAAGAUCAAUGCAAAUGACAAAGCAAAUGAAAAACCAGUAACCAAAAUAAAUACUGUUGCUAAUGAAAAACUAUUGAACAAAGCCAACCAAAAACCACUUUCCAAAAAUAAUACCGUUGCUAAUGAAACGCCAUUAAAUAAAAAAAAUAAUACCGUUGAAAAGUCUAUAAACAAAACCCCAACAAAUGAUAAAACUGACAGAAAUAAUACAGUGAACGAGAAACCAAAUAACAAAACCAUCAUCGACAAAGUUUCAAAAACAACUGUAAAUGAUAAAUCGCUUAAUGAUAAGUCUGUUAAUAACUUUGCAAGUAAAGAUUCUAAGAUAGAUGUUAAACCAAACUUAAAAACAACUGAAAAGGUGAAAGUAGAGCCUAAAACAGAAGGUAAAUUAGAAGACAAAAAAGACAAAACAGAAAUGGCAACCAAACCACCACUAGAAAAGGGCCCUUCCAAGCUCCCACCACGAAAACCAUCACUUCAGAAGCAACCUUCAAAGGAUGAUGUUCCAGUAAAGAAAUGGAGGGAUCCACUACACGAGCGUGUUAAAAACAAUAUUGAUAAGACGCUGUCCGAUGAAAUUCCUAAGGGGCACACUCUUACCAAGAAUGAGAGUUUGAGAAGCUUAUUGAAGCCAGUACCGCCGCCCAUGCCUCCACCGUUGCCGCCGAAGAUGCCACCACCACCGGAAUUCAAAAAAGCCCCAAUUGACCCCCAAAAACUGAAGAAAAUAGAGUCACUUCGCAGCAGACCCAGGAAACGACCAGAUUGGAGCGACAUGAUGAAGGAAGUGGAACAGGGAAAGAAGUUGAAACAUGUUGUUACUAAUGAUAGAUCCAGUCCAAUCAUUACCAGAAACACAGUCGUUAAGAACAAGGACCAAUUCAUUUUCGAGUCAGAGAAGCCCAAUUCUCACAAUGACCUGCUGAAAGAAAUUUCUAAAGGCAUCAAGCUAAAGAAGACAAAAACUAAUGAUAGGAGUAAACCCAACUUGGAAGGUUUGAGGAAAUUCAGAAGACAAAUGACGAUUGAAGAACAGGUCCAAAAGUCAAUGUCACAGGCCAAUUUAGCCGCAUCGCCUUCAGGAGUCAAUUUGGCAGAGGUCCCUCCACCUACAGAAGAAGAAGAAAUUGAUGAAAUGGAUGAUAUUGACAAAGUAAGAGAUGAUCUUCAGUCUACGAAACAACUUCUAGCUAUUGAACUUAGAAACAAGGAAGCUCAAGAAAGAGAAAAUAAACGUUUGUUAACUAGAAUACAGAACUUAGAAGCAGAGUUAGCUAGAGAAAGAGCUAUUAUCAAACAAGAGCAACAUAAGACUGUUAUAUCGGUAACAGAUGCAUAUGAUGAGAGACUGGUCAAUAACCUUAAGAUGGAAGUUGAAAAGACGAAGGAAAACGCUGAUAGUUUGGAGAAACAGUACUUGGAUGCUGCCGAACAAAGAGACGCAGCUUUGACUGAAUUAGAGGAAGUUAAAAGGAAGAACGCUGAGUUGGAGAAAAAAUUGGAACAGGCACUAGCGGGCAUAAUGCCAACCAUUGCUGGAUCGAGACGAUCAAGUCACGCUAUCAGACAACUCUCCGUUACCAAAGAUGACAGCUUCGAAGAGGAGUCGCUUUCAGAGGAAGAAGAGGAGGAAAGUGAAGAAAAGAAGCAAAAACGAAUGGAAAAGGAAGUACGAAAUAUGAAAAACAAGAUACGACACCUGAAAGAGAAACAAGACCAAAUGAAGAGAGAACGAAUGGGUUACAAGAUGGCGCUAAAGAAUCAACAAGCUGCGCUCAAAGACGAGAAACGGAAAUACAAAGAGCUAAAACGCGAGGUUGACAAGAUGGCGGCAAUGAUGAAGGAAGUUGGUUCAGAUGAUGAAGACGAAGAUGAAGAAGAGGAGUCUGAGGAAUCAAAGAAGAGUGAAAGCGAAGAAGAAGAAACCGAGACCGAGACAGAACAGGACACUGAGAGCGAGACCGAGAGUGAGAGUGAGCCGGAAGACGCCCCAGUAUCAAAGAAGAAAGAAAACCUAACAAAACGAAUGAAGCGACACGAAACUAGAGUGAAUGCUUUAAAGAAAGGCAACGCCCUUUUGAUGGCCAACGUGGACCGAUUGAAGGACGACGUGUUGAAGCAGAGAGAGGAAUCACAGACGUUGAAGAAGGAAUUGGACUCUUUGAUAGAAGACUUGGAGUGAUUUUUCGGUCGACAUUUCGCUCAUGAAACCAAAUAAUAUCGUAACUCAAAAUUAUGGAAUUGAGAAAAGACAAUUUGAAAAUUUAUUAAUAAAAUUGAAUGGAUCUUAUUGCGUGUAAUGUGAUUAUUUUUAUUUUUUUACAUAAUACUUAAUUAUCCCAUUGUAAAUGAGAAUAUGUACAUUGGUGUAGCGAACUGUAUUAAUGGAUUGGGGUGGGUGCUAGACUCAUUAUCAUUUGGUAGACUCAUUAUUUGUUUGAAUACUAUUUUGCCAAAACACUUCUGACAAAUCAUUAUUGUGACAACUGCGCUCCAUUUGGCCAGCCCGAAUUCGAAACAAUUGACGGGUGUCGUCAAUUGUUUCACUUCAAAUCGACCAGAUUAACUUGAGCUUUGCUAUAUAAUGGACGAAAAUUGCAAAAUUACGUAUUUAAUUAUCGAUGACAUAUGAUUCUGUUUGUUUUGUAAUUAGACGUUUUGUUGUUUUGCCCACACCACCCAAUGGUAUAGCCUCCAUUGUUAGAGGUAGGUAUAUUAUCUUUAUUACAACAAAUACAGAAUAUUUUUGGAAUAUACAAAGAUACACACAGGUUAGUUGCUGGUGCAGUAAUAUUUCAGAAUUCUAAUUUGUGAUUUCAGCGCAAACG